AGGGUUUUCACGAGGAUUUCAGACAGAUUAUUCAGGACAAAUGAUCGGAGAAGAGGGUUAGUGAUGGCGAUGCUUUUCACAGUGUCAUCACAUAGACACAGUUGAUCAAAAUCUAGCUAAGGUCUGCUGUGCUGCUCUUGGCCCCUCUCCUGGCAGAGGCUGACCCAGCACCCCUGGCCUCCUCCAGGCCUCCAGGCUUUACUGGAGCUGAGGGCCUCCACUCUAGGUUCCACUGGAUGGCUGAUUAUGUACCCGCUUUCAGGGUCCCGGGGGGCCGCAUCCACAUCCUUAACUCACCUGAUGAGUUUUAUCAGACUAUGAAGGCUCGAAUCAAGACGGCCAAAAGCCGUGUGGUGAUGGCAUCGCUGUACCUUGGCACAGGACCUCUAGAGCAAGAUCUUGUUGAUUGCAUGGAAGUGGCCUUGGAGCGCUCACAGGAAGAUGAUGCACCUGAUCUCAAAGUGUCUUUUCUGAUGGAUUAUACCAGAGGUUCAAGAGGCAAGCACAAUUCACGUACAAUGUUAUUGCCACUGCUCCAGCGUUUCCCAGAGCAGAUGAGAGUUUCCCUGUACCACACGCCAGACCUGCGCGGCCUGUUGCGCCUUCUGGUGCCUGAACGCUUCAACGAAACCAUAGGUGUACAGCACAUCAAGGUGUACCUUUUUGACGACAGUCUAAUCAUAAGUGGGGCAAAUCUGAGCGACUCCUAUUUCACCAAUCGUCAGGAUCGUUAUGUACUUCUGGAGGACUGCCGGGAGGUUGCUGAUUUUUUUGCCGAACUGGUGGGAGCCGUGGGUGAUGUGUCAUUGCAGCUCCACUCUGACAACAGUGUGCAUAUGAUGGAGGGGAUGGUGCAUCCCUACAAAGGUAAUAGAGCAGAUUUCUCAGCAUCAGCACAGAGACGGAUCAUGGACGUGGUGAACACUGCACAUGUCCGGCAGAGCAUGCUAGAAGCAGAAUGCUCGGAGGUCCUAGACUCCGAUGGUAUGGUGCCAAAUGACACUUGGAUCUUUCCUCUUGUGCAAAUGAAGCCCCUGGGCAUUUCUUUGGAUGAGCAAGUAACAAAGCGACUACUGACAGAGGCAGGUGGAGACUCAACUGUCUACCUGACAUCUGGUUACUUCAACUUAACACACACCUACAUGCAGCUGGUGCUGGGUGCUGCAGCAGACUACCGUAUUCUCAUGGCCUCACCAGAGGUUAAUGGGUUUUUUGGGGCCAAAGGAGUAGCAGGAGCCAUCCCUGAGGCCUACGUUCAUCUUGCCCGCCAGUUCUACAACCAGGUGUGCCAACUGGGUCGGCAGAGUCGUGUCCACUUGCAUGAAUACCACCGUCCUGAUUGGACCUUCCAUGCUAAAGGAUUGUGGUACUAUGUGGGAAGAAGAGAUCGCCCCUGCCUCACGCUUGUUGGCUCUCCAAAUUUUGGGUAUCGCUCUGUGCACAGAGAUCUGGAGGCUCAGAUUGCCAUAAUAACAGAGAAUGAGGAACUCCAGAACCUAUUGCAACAGGAGCAGGAGAUGUUGUAUCAGGGCUCUACAGAAGUAUUGGGUUCAACAUUUAAUCAGCCUGACCACUAUGUAAAAUUAUGGGUUAAACUGAUAACACCACUCAUCAAGAACUUCUUCUGAAAAACAGCAGGCCAGGGUUGACAGAUCUCUCACAAUCCAUGAAAGGUUGAACACCCAGAUGAAGGUGGGCCUACACAUGUGCUUUGAACAUGGGGCAUUCGUAAAUAUUUGUGGUUCCUCGGUGCUCUACGCAGAUGGCUUUGAUCCCUGUAUGACUGAUAACCCCCCACUGGAUGUCCCAGUGAGUUCCGGGGAUAACAAUGUUGGAGACCUCUCAUUGUGCUCUGUGGUGUUGCUCAAUAUCACACAUUCAGCUUCUAACAACCUCUGCUCAUUGUUACAAGGAGAAAAAGCAUGUACAACCAAUAUCACACAUGAAAGACUGCAGUGUAAACGAUUCAUUUGAUUGAUAUUUAUUUGCAAGCAAUAUGACAGAUAAAAAAAAGUGCAGUGCAUCUUGGAGUGAUUAUAAUGCAUUUGCUUAUUUUAUAUUAUGUUAUACAUCUGCUGUAAAUAUUUGUAUUUUUUUGACAUUGUUGUAGAAUUCCGACUCUGUUCAACCUUUUUCAUUUCCAAUUUCUAUCCAUAGACCUUAUUCACAGCAAAGGCAUCUUUGACUUUUGAUGAGAAUGACAAUGAGGCUGCGAGGGAUAGACGUAGUCUCUUCAGGGGGCUGUAUGUUACAGUGUUUUUGAAUCAUUCCAUGGGCAAAACCUUGAAAAAAUAUCUUUCCGAGAACAUUGUUGACAAAAUAAAUGCUGAUUUCAAAAUUCAAAACCCAUUCACUUGCAUUGUAUUGACCAAAACAGGUGAGAAAUUCCCCUAAAAAUCUUCAUUUGAGUUCAGCAGAUGAAAGAAAGUCAUACGCAUCUGGGACAGCAUGAGGUUGAGUAAUUGAUGAGAGAAUUUUCACUUUAAAUCGAUUCCUCACAGCCUCGUUUUCGUUUGUGUUAAUCAAAGAUGGGUCUACUGUCUAUUGUAAUCUUGUUUUAAUCUUUACUACAUCUCAUGUUCAUAUUACAGGUAAGAACGUUGAUCUCAGGGGUAUUUAAAGUUAUACAGUUUUAGUCAUACAUUUCACCAACCAUUUAUUUACCUCAGCCUUAAUUAAAACAUCAGUAUUUUCCCAGAUUAGAUUAUAAUUCUCUUUUUGUUUCCUAAACAUCCACUGUCUGAAAUGCAGAGCAUCAUGCAGACUUCCUGAAACACUCCCUUCUUUAUACAUUUGUAACUCUUGCAUCCCCUGGUGGAUUGGUUACACAUGGUAUUAGAAAUAAGCAUAUGGAUUUCAUUAUUACUACAAAAGAGAUUUAGGGGACAGCUUCAAAUACUGACCAGGCUUUAAUA